AUGAUAUGUCCUGCAUGCGGCAGAAGUUUCCAAUACAAGGCAAACUUCGAGAAACACAUAAGCUUAAAUAGUUGCCUGCAAUGCAAACUUUGCGACCAGAAAUUUGACCUGUUAGAAGAAUUUAAUCGUCACCGUUGGACGUAUCAUAAACGUAAGUUUCAAGUGGCAGUAAGUAAACAUCAAGUGUUCCUUCAAGACAAAGACUUACAAAUAGAUUUUUUGGAGAACUUUGAUCUUCUGGAUUAUAAUUUAAGUGGUUCAUCUUUUGAUUCCCUGAUCAUAACGGGUGCAGAUGACACAAAGGAUAGGUUUCAAAUUACAGAAAACAUCAACCUGCAGGAAGGAUUAAAUCCCCAUGCAAAGAAUGUCCAUAAACUAUCUCGUAGUUCCUACGAUAGAGAUUCAUUUAUGGAACCUCUGUACUAUGAGCUUAUGGAAUUUAAUAACCUUAUUGGUUCAUCUAUUGAUUUCCUAAUCAUAACGGGUGCAGAUGACGCAAAAGAUAGGCUUCAAAUUACAGAGAACAUCAACAUGCAGGAAGAAUUGAAUCCCCAUGUAAAGAAUGUCCAUGAACUAUCUGAUUAUUUCUACGAGAAGGUGUUACUUCGUGAAAUGAUUCAGGACAUAUCGCUUGCCGAAAAUAGUAAUACUUCGGUUACGGAUUGUCCGGAAGCCAGGAUGUCAACUCAGAGAUCGCCAGCGUGGAAUCGGAGUACUCUUGGGAGUGUUCUGCGUGCUGCAUACAUUUCAGAUACAAGGCCUCCUUCGAAAUACACAGGAGGUUGAAUAAUUGCUUGCAAAAUUUGCUACCAGAAGUUUGGCCUGCUAGAAAAAUUAAUUUCUCAUACUGAGACGUGUCGUAUACCACCAAAGUAUACCUGCCGCGAGUGUUCCUACAAGACAGAUACAGAGAAUUG